UUGGGCUUAGACUGAAAUGUUGUUUGUGCCUUGUGCAUACACUAGAAGUCAAAUUACAGUUUCCUACACCCAGUAUCAGUUGUGUGUUGUUUUUCAGUUAGUCAUUCAGUAAUGGAGAAAAAUAUAAUAAAUAAUUGAUUUCAGCUGAUCUCCUAAGCCCUUUGGACUACGAUUUCCGUUGGUAUCUGACGGAUACUCUGUUUGGACGUGGUCAGUGCUCUCACGCUACCUGUAUACCUUGUGGUUCGUCCGUAGCAUGUGACGUGCCGUGGAGAACAAUCAUUGAACGGGUUCACAAAAGCUGUCAGGAAAUGUUGUCCGAGUGUCGGUAUAACGAUGUGGUGUUUCCAUGUUGCGAUUAUUUCCGUGAAGUAGACUCGGAACACGGGCCUUGCUUCUCCUUCAACACUCUACAGCACAAGGGAGAAAACAGCUUGUUUGAGUUGAAUAGGACCACUGGACCCGGAGUGUUGAUGUUUCGCUUGCUGUCUGAUGCUGAAAUAUCCAUACACAGUCCCGAAGAGUUGUCAACGUACUUUUUAGAUGGAAAGUUAAAAGAAAUAGUUCACACCUUCAUAGAGAAUCAUGUGUCCUUUUUGUUCUCCGUUGUGGAGAUAGUCAACGGUGAACAGUUGCGGGCCGAGCCUAUUGAAGUGAGGCAAUGCCGGUAUUUGCAUGAAAUUCCUGAUGAUCCUCUACAUACUUAUCCGGUGUACUCUUACGGAGCCUGUCGUUUAGCAGAGACAACAAAAGAGUUCUAUCAGCAAUGUGGUUGUGUACACCCUGUCCGCGAUCUUACAUAUAAAAAUAGUUAUUGCAAUUAUUCUGGAAUUACCUGUUGGAAUUUAUAUGAAGGUCAAAAGGAAAAAAUUGGUGCAGAAAAAAUAACAAAAGACAACUGUUUGCCAUCUUGCGUAGAAAGUGAACUUAAAACGAUCCAUUAUUCUAAGAGAUGGGAAAAAGAUGAAGACACUGUAGGUACACUUGUGGAGGUCAAAAUGGCAUCAUUACCAACAUUACGAUAUCAAAGGAACUUGCUGCGGGACCAAUUGGAUUUAGUUGUGGCAGUCGGUGGUAUAGGCGGGCUGUUUUUCAGCGCAUCUGUCCUGAGUUUGUUGGAAGUCUUUUAUUUAAUCUUUCGACCUAUGUACUAA